AUGACUCGAGAUGAAACUGUCUACCCGGAACCUGAGUCUUUUAUUCCAGAUAGAUUCCUGACCGAAGACGGGACAUGCAAUGAGGACGAAAUGAUGCUCCCGUUCGGAUUUGGGAGGAGGAUUUGCGCAGGGCUACACUUCGCCCGGUUGACAGCUUGGACGGCGAUGGCAUCGAUCUUGUCUCAAUUUGAUAUCGGAGAACCCGAGGAUGAGGCAGGGAGGCCAAUCAAGGGUUUGGCUGAUAUCAGGUACUCUGAUGGUCUCAUUAGCCAUGCCAGCCCUUUUCGAUGUGUGAUCAAGCCACGGAUGAAGUAA